AUGAAGCUGGCUCUGCUCCUGCCCUGGGCGUGCUGCUGCCUCUGCGGGUCGGCGCUGGCCACCGGCUUCCUCUACCCCUUCCCGGCCGCGGCCCUGCAGCAGCACGGCUAUCCUGACCCAGGCGCCGGCUCCCCCGGCAGCGGCUACGGGGGCCGCCGGUGCGGGGCUGAGACUGGGGUGGUCUCUGGCCGCGCCCCCCACCCCCCCUCCUUCGUUUCCUUGCUCUCCGAACCUUCGCCCCUUCGGCUCCCGAAUCCGAGCGGAGGCGGCUCAAACCUGCGGCAGGGGUGCGCGGAUGGGGGCGACCGUGGCUGGCUGGGGCCCAGUUCCUGCAAGUUCACCGGCUCACGUGGCUCCGCCGCGCUCACCUGCGCGGCCGCUUUGUGUUGGGGAGCAGGUUCCCGCGAUGCCAAGGCCUUGCAUCCGGGCCCCCCACUCGCACGCCGGCCGCCAGAGACACCGGAGGGGGGACUCCGUCCGGCCUUUGGGGUUGGGCCCGUGGAGCAGCCUGGGCUGCGACUCCCCGGCCGGGGGAACGAGGACCAGGCUCGGAUCGCAAGAGUCGGCGGCGGGCUGGGAGAGGGAGCUGGGUUCCCGAGCCCGCGGUGCCGGGACCCCCCCGCGGCCACCUCCUCCGCCGGCAGCUGCGCCAACCUCGUGAGUUACAGGACUCUGAUCAGACCCACGUACAGAGUGUCCUACCGCACGGUGACGGCGCUGGAAUGGAGGUGCUGCCCUGGCUUUACCGGGAGCAACUGUGAUGAGGAAUGUAUGAACUGUACCCGGCUCAGCGACAUGAGUGAGCGGCUGACCACGCUGGAGGCCAAGGUUCUCCUUCUGGAAGCAGCAGAGCGGCCCUCAGGUCCAGACAAUGACUUGCCAACGCCCCAGAACACCCCACCGCCCUGGAACGAGGGUCUCCUCCCUGACGCCAUCCCGCUUGCCCACCCCGGGCCCCAGAGGAGAAGGCCCACAGGCCCGGCCGGGCCCCCUGGACAGACGGGACCACCAGGGCCUGCAGGUCCCCCAGGCUCCAAAGGUGACCGUGGUCAGGCAGGAGAAAAGGGCCCAGCGGGGCCUCCUGGCCUCUUGGGGCCGCCAGGGCCCCGUGGGCUUCCUGGAGAGAUGGGGCGCCCUGGCCCCCCCGGCCCCCCUGGCCCAGCAGGCAGCCCAGGCCUCCCUCCAAAUGGCCCUCAAGGCGUCCUCUACUCCCUGCAGCCACCGACGGACAAGGACAAUGGAGACGUGCAGCUGGCCUCCGCGGCUGUGGACACGGUGUUGGCGGGCGUCCCGGGGCCCCGGGGUCCCCCUGGCCCCCCAGGUCCCCCUGGACCACAUGGCCCCCCUGGCCCUCCGGGUGCGCCUGGAUCCCAGGGCCUGGCUGGAGAGCGGGGUGCCACGGGGCCAUCUGGGGAGCCUGGCGGGAAGGGGGAAGAGGAGGAGAAAGCCGCCGCUGAGGGUGAGGGGGUGCAGCAGCUGCGGGAGGCCCUGAAGAUUUUGGCCGAGAGAGUGCUCAUCCUGGAACACAUGAUUGGCAUCCACGAUCCCCAGGCCACCCCUGAGGGGGGCUCUGGCCAGGACGCCGCCCUGAGAGCCAACCUCAAGAUGAAGCGUGGAGGCCCCCCACCCGACGGCUCCCUGGCUGCCCUGCUCGGGCCCGACCCCGGGCAGAGGAGAGCUGGCCGGGCCAGCAGCGGGAAGUAG